UCCAGAGAGCUCGCAUCCUCUUCUCUGUGCCCUUCACUGCUGGUUUUGCUCCGCACCAUGAAUCACACGUCUCAAACCUUCCUUACGGCUACCAGUGAGGGACAGCCCCCGAACUAUGAAAGACUUAAGGAAGAAUAUGAGGUGGCUGAGCUGGGGGCACCCCACGGAUCAGCUGCCUUCAGAACCACCGUGAUUAACAUGCCCAGAGAGGUGUCUGUGCCCGACCAUGUGGUCUGGUCCCUCUUCAACACACUCUUCAUGAACUUCUGCUGCCUGGGUUUCAUCGCCUAUGCCUACUCUGUGAAGUCUAGGGACAGGAAGAUGGCGGGCGAUAUGACUGGAGCCCAAGCCUACGCUUCCACAGCCAAGUGCCUGAACAUCAGUACCCUGGUCCUCAGCAUCCUCGUGGUUGUUAUCACCAUCAUUGCUGCCAUCUGCAUUGCUUUAAACAAUUAAACCUAAUAGCGGGGCUUUUGGCUGUUGGUCCUGACAUGUGCUCCACCGUCCACUGCUGCGUCCCUCCGUGCCCCUUUACCCCUCCCUGUAUACAGAUGUAACACACUCACUCACCUAGCCAGAGUGGAUUC